AGAUCUCACUGUCAUAUCAAGAAAAUGUAUUAAUUUGAACCCCAUUCAAUUUAUAUAUCUCGCCAAAGGAAAAUGAACGUCGAUAUUUUCGUUCCACAUGAGCGACAUUUGUGAGCAUCAGAUGAUGAAGUCCUUUUCCCUUUGUUAUUCGAGAUUCUAACAACGAAUUGACUUCGAUUUGUCUUCCGCAUGUGAAUGGGUCAUGCCCUGAGGGGUACGGAUCAUCAAAACACCACCACGCAGUUAACUUCGAUCGCACUCCAACUCUCUAUACACUCAUUCACCGUUAACUACCAAUACCACUCCAUUAGACGUGUAUCUUUUAUUUGGCGCGAUCAGCUUUUUUAAAAUAAAUUUCUACCACUUACUCUGUUCGCCAUGUUUAUAACUGUACGCUAUGGAGAUGACAAGAGUGAACUGUUCAAUCCCAAUUGCCGAAACGUUAUUUUAUUGGACAAUAUCAGAGAAAGAUGUAAUUGCGACGAAGAUGACGUGAUUGAUCUGUCAGAUGAGAAUGGAUCUGUUGCUAAUUUACCAGGUCACCUUGAUGAUUAUGGCAAGAACUUCCUUUCUGACAGGGGAUCCUUUAUACUCGUCAGAGUAGAACGAGAUGGCGACGAAGGUGAUGAUGAUCGCAUUACAUAUAUCCCACUCUUACAAGGAGUUGAUGAUGAUAAAGAUUUUCUAUCACGAUUAAAUCCUAAACCAACGAAGGGUGGACCCGGAGGAAAAGGAAGACGGAAGGGUGAUCGAGCAGGAUCACCCUCAUCAGCGAAGGGUGACAGAAGAAAAGGACGCCAGAAACAAGAACCGAGCAGACGAAGCGGUGGUACAGGAUCAAGAAAUACACCAUCAAAACGAUGACAUCACAAUGGAACUUUCCUUGCUGCCGAUUAUCUCAAUUGCAAUUUGGAGUUCUCCAGUGUUUAUUGGACGUCAUGGACGAUGUAUAUAGGGGUUGCCCUUUAUUAAAAAAGGAGGACUUUUGUCUUGGUAUGGGUUGCUUAAUUGCAGUGUCUUGCUUUUCUAGGACAACUAUGUGGCCUUGCCCUUGUCUUUGACCUCAGUCCUCUAGACCUUGGAUUCAGAAGUCUGAAGUCUUUGGUAGUCUGACCUUGCAACAACACUGCUGAAUUGGUGAGAGUAUCACCGUUUCUUUCAGGACAAGCAGCUAAAUACUUACUGCAGCAGAAAUGUGUUUGCAAUAAGUGCAAGGCUAUUUAUAGAAAAUAUGUAAUCAUAACAUGAACAAUAAAAUGAAACAUGUUAUGAAAUGUUUGAAAGCCUGAGUAAUAAGGAUUGAUAUUUUCAGUCUGUCCGUGACAUUGAUCAUUGUAUGGAUUCUCAAUAUGAAAUUAUUUAGGAGCAACCAUGAACCAAAUUUCAGAAAUUUUGAACAGUAAUGCCCUGCACAAUGAAACAUGAUAUCAAAAUUAAUGAAUUACAAUUUUACAGGCCUUCAAUUAUUUUCAAAAUUAGUCAAAUGUCUGACAACCGAUCAGACCCUUCAUGAUUCUAGGUAAAGCACAAACAAUUGUGGAUUAAAAAGGUAAUUUUAUUGUAUUUAAUAAAAGCAAUGGUCAUAGAUGCCAGAACACGAAUAGAGUUGGCCAUUUUGUACACAGAAAAUUCUUUUCUACUCGGCUGAAAAUAGGUUUGUCAGCCCUGAAGUCAGGCUUAAGUUUGAAUCCCAUUAUCCAUAUGACAGUGCUCAUAUCGGUUACAUCACUAAAGCGAGAUACAUGACUGUGCAAAAGGGGGCGGGGUCAUAAACACAUCAUUUUGUAAACUUUUUAUUCAUGAUGGUGAAGGGCAGUUUUUUUGUCUAGAAGUUUUUGGUAAUUUGCUGUCUGGGAAUAUACAGGGAUAAUGCUAAAUUCAACAUAUGUCUAUGAAUUAGAAGAAAAAGGGAUCCUCUAAUCAUAUUAGUUUAAGAAUAGGUUUAUAGACAUAUGAAGAACAUGAAACGUCUUUUUAAUGGACUUAAAUACUUGUUAGAUGAGCUUCUUACUGUCACUAAAACACAUUUGCCAAAAUAUCUAUCAUCACAAUGAACAUCACAAACAUCCAAUUCUAUGUUGAAGUAUCUCAACUCUGGAAUAGAUCUUUGGCACACACUUUAGAAUUCUACUUGGAUGUUGAAAAUGUUGAUUUAUUGAAGUGAACUAUAUAAAUGAUUUGGCUGUGUGCGAGUGAAUAUACUCUACUGUAUCAACUCAUAAAAUCCGUCCAUGUUUGUUUAGCAAGAAGACUGUGGUUCACCAAAUUUCAUACAUCUUAUUGUAUAAAAAUUUAAAUAUAUGCUCAUAUUUUGUAAUGUAGGUGCUGCUAUGUGUCACAAUAAAUGAUAUACUCUUGACAAA